AUGAGCUGCGAAAGCAACGGAGAUAUUGCUCAACCAGUGGUAGAAAAGGUUUCGAGACUGAUAAUACGUGACAUUGACGUAGAGAAUUUCAAAUCGUACGCGGGAAAGCACCGCAUCGGACCGUUUCAUAAGACAUUUGCGACGGUUGUUGGACCUAAUGGCUCCGGAAAGUCUAACGUUAUUGAUGCAAUGCUCUUCGUGUUUGGAAAGAAUGCGAGGAAGAUCCGUUUGGAGAAACUCUCUGAACUUAUUCAUACCUCUGCGGCGCAUCCAAAUUUCACAUAUGCCUCAGUAACAGUGCAUUUUGUACGCUUACGCGAGAGUGCAGAACAGCAACGGGACCCGAACCAACGUGAGGAAAUCCCAAACAGUGUACUUUCCAUUAAGAGGGAGGUGUAUAAAACCGGUGCCUCUCAAUAUUUCAUUCAAGGCACCAGAACAACACAACGGGAGGUCGUGGAGACGCUCAUCAAAGAGGGUGUAGACCUGGAACACAACCGGUUUCUUAUUCUUCAAGGUGAAGUGGAGCAAAUUGCGCUCAUGAAACCUAAAGCAGAGCGUGAGGGUGAGGAGGGUUUACUUGAGUACCUUGAUGACCUUAUAGGAACUAACGACUUUGCACAGUGCAUAUCAGAGGCGACACGGGAAGCGGAAGCGGCGCAACAACAGCGUUUAGACGCCUUGGAUCGCGAGCGUAAGCUACGCGCUGAACGGGAGGCGCUAGACUCCGCCAAGAAUAGUGCGAUAGAAUUCGUCAAGAAAGACAAUUUACAACAAAAGACGUUGAUUGUACUCUGCCAGCUGAGGAUGCAAGUUGUCGAAGAGAAGCUCGCUGAACCCCGUCGUCUUCUGAAAGAAAUAGACAACCGUGUCGAAAAAUUGAAGGUGACUGUGGAUGAAAAAAUGGCGGAGAAGUCAGCUGCUGAGGAUGAGCUUCACAAACGGAAGAAAGAACUCGCUGAAGCAACGAAGGAGCGUGACGCAGCCCGUACAAAAAGAGACGUUGCUCAGAAGGAGGUGGAUCGUUUGAAAUCCGGGGCCGAUGAGCAGUCGAAGUCAAGGAAAGAAAAGGAAAAACAAAUAAAAGAUGCUGCAAGCGACAUGCAAAAGGCUCAACUACAACAACAGGACGCGGAUCGAGAGGCUGCCAUCCAUCAGCAGAAUCUCAAUGAAGCGCGAGAACAAGUAGAAAAACUUCAGAAAGAGUAUGACGUCGCAACAGAGAGGUUUGUUAGCAUCUUCACACCACUUCGCCAGGAGCUAGAUAAGAAGAAGGCUGAUUUUGCCCCAUAUGAAAAAGCUCUGGUGGAAGCAAAGGAGCAACUUGAUACGGCCCAAAACCGCUUACAAUUACUUGAUGUUUCGGGGACGAAGCGGCAGGAACAGUUACAUAACAUUGCCUCUGCGUUACAAUGUAACAUGCGGCGUAUUGAAGAAGUGGAGAGGCUCUUGAAAGGAGCUGAUCCCAAUAAAUACAACGCGGAGCUAAAGGGUCUUCAAGAAACCCUUGCAAAAGCAGCAGAAAAGAAACACAGCAUAAAUGCUUCUAUACAGGAUAUCAAGAAUUCCUUUAGCGAAGGUGAAAGCGAUGAUCGGGCCGUUAGAUUUCUUCUUCUGCAGCGCUCGCUCAAGGGCUACUAUGGCACACUAAGACAACUUGGUCGCAUUGAUGACGCAUACGAUGUUGCAGCUGGUGUGGCAAGCAACGCGUGGUCUUAUCACGUGGUGGAAGAUCGGGAGACGGCAGCCAAAGCCCUCGAGUUGCUGCGCACGCAUGACAUUGGACGUGCCACAAUGAUUGUACUGAAGGAAAUCGAACGGCAAAUUGGAAACCGAAUGGAAACACCCUUCACUUCACCAACCCCAAAGGCAAAGCGCUUGUUUGAUCUUAUUACCCCUGUCAAUGACCGGUUCCGUAUUGCCUUCUAUCAGGCUUUAGGGAAUACACUUGUGGUAUCUGGUCUUACUGAGGCGCGUGAGGUGGCCUUUGGUGGUCCUCAACGUUAUCGUGUCGUAACGCUUCGUGGAGAGUUGGCAGAGCCCGGUGGGUCCUUAACGGGAGGCGGUAACACGCCACGUGGGGCGGGGCUGAAGGCAGCUCGACUUCCGGUAGACAAGGAGGCGGUGCGCGCAACUCUUCAAAACUUGCAAGCAGAGCUGGUGGAAGCGGCUCAAGCCGAGUGCGACGCCCAGAGUAGAAUACAUGAACUACGCGAAAAGCAGCGGCACCUCAAUCCUGCUCAGAUAUCGCAACUUCAUGUGGAAUUAAACACGCUUCGUGUCACCGUGGAAGCGGAUUCGCAGCGCCAGGCUCGGAUAGAGCGGGAAAUUAGGGAGGCUUCGCAAGAGAACGAGAGGAAACGGAGGGCGCUGGAGUGUGCUGUCGAGGAAGCAGAAAGACAGCUUGGUGCCGCAGAGAAGUCUCAUAUCAAGCACCGUAGUGCACUGGAAGAACUCGAAAACAAAAUUGACAACGUUGGUGGACUUGAAUACAAGGCGCUAUGCCAGAACCUGAAGACCCAACAGGAACGGGUGGAGGCAGAAGACAAGGCCCUGCGGGAAUGUCGGCGAUUAUCACAGCGUCUCCGUGCGACGCAAGAACGCAAAGAGCGAGAUAUUGCGCAAUACAACGAAGAUCUUAAUCGCAUUCUUGCUGAGUCUUCUGGUGAGUUGGAGGCGGCGCUUGUGACGGCGAAGGAAAUAGCGGAGGAGGUUACGCGGGCAUUCAAAGGGGCAGAGAUGAGGUUUAACGACGCCCAGUUGGCUCUGGAAGGUGCAAAGGCAGCUGUACCAGUGGCACAUAAGGCUUUGGUUGAGGCUCAGAGACGGUUAGACGAUGAGGACCGAUUUCGACAGAUAGAAGUGGCUAAAAUGGCUGAUGCUUUGCAAGAGUUGGCGAAGUUUGAGCAGAAGAUUGAUGGUUGUGAAGAAAAAAUUAGGGAAAACGUAGAUUUUUAUGGCAUAGAAACUCUAGACCUCAAAGAUAAUGAAGAAGAAAGAAGAGACGAGGACGAAGAGAAUGACGCAGUAAAUGCAAACGAUGAGUCUGCUUCUCAGGACGCGGAGGGGGAUGGUCGUAGUGAUAACGGCGCAGACGAUGUUCUCUCUCAGGACCGCGAAGAGGAGAAGGUGGAUGUGAGGAACAUGACUUUUCGACUUUCGGCAGAGCAACUGUUGAACUACAAUUACGACGAAUGUGUGCAUAAAGCAAAACUACUGAGUGAAGAAGCCAAGAGGUUGAAUAAUAUGAUCGACUUCCGUGCGGUUCGGCUGUGGCGUGAGCGCGAUGCUGAGCACCGCAAGGGGAAGGCUGAAUAUCUUCGAAUAAGGGAAAUAUCAGAUGCGGCCGACCAGCGGUUGCAAAAGUUGAAGGAUGAACGCAGGGACUGUUUCAUGGCGUGUUUUGUUCGUGUUCAAAAUCGUUUGCGUGAAGUUUACCAACUGCUUACACACGGUGGUGACGCGGACUUGGAACUUGUUGAUGCAAAUGAUCCCUUUGAAGGAAUUCAGUUUGUUGUUCGACCCCCGAAAAAGUCAUGGAAGCAGAUUUCCAACCUCUCUGGUGGUGAAAAGACUCUGUCGAGCUUAGCACUUAUUUUCGCGCUGCACGACAUUAAACCGACACCGAUUUAUGUCAUGGAUGAAAUAGACGCCGCACUGGACUUCCGCAACGUUUCCAUUGUUGCAAACUACAUCCUUCGUCAAGCCAGUGGUGCGCAGUUUAUCAUCAUUUCUCUCCGAAACAACAUGUUUGAAAUGGCUCAUCAGCUCGUUGGUGUUUUCAAACGGUCAGAUGUGGCUCGUACGGUGGGUAUAAAUCCAGUCGUUUUUCAGCAAAAGGUGUUGAGUGUUCUUCAGGAACGCAAACGCAAAAGGACGGGUUCAACAGGAGAUGUGCAAAUUAAAGUAGAAGAUAAAGUUGCAUGUAACAACGAAGCCGCUGACAUCCUCGUAAGCAGCAGAAGUGCCAGCAGGUGCAGGUCUUCAGUGCCGAGAGCCAAAACAACACCAAAGUCUUCUCAAAAGGGUAGUGGAAAAACUCCGAGGAAUUGUGGGGUUGCCGCAAAUGGAGUUCGUUUGAAGGUAGAGGAAGAUGCCUAA